AUGAAAGAAAAGAGUUAUGCUGAUGAGUUGAAAGUACUUGAAGAUUUCAAAGAAUCUAGAAACGAGUGGUUCUUGAAAGAAGAGAAGAAGAAGAAGAGCAGGAAAGCAACUCCGAAAGUUCAAGUAGAGGAGGGUUCAUCUUCUCAACCGAAGAAAAAGUGUCAAAAGAAAAGUGUUGAGACUAUGCUUGUUGAUGAAUCUGAGGAAGAAGCAGAAGCUGAAGAUAAAGCUGAAGCUGAAGCAGAAGUUAAUGUUGAAGGAGAUGUUCGUUUGACUCCCGAAUCUUCAAAGUUAUUGAAAGCUAUUAGUAAAGAACUUGCAGCUGGCGAUGAAGAAGCUGAGAUUGAAAAAGAGAAACAGCUUAAGAGAAAGAGGAAAGAAGAUAAAGAUGAUGAAUUAUACAAUCCAUCUCCUGAGCAUGUUAUAGAUUCUCAGACACCGUCAUCGUCUGGUGGUAGGAAGAAAGCAAGUGCUAGAAAGCGUGUGACUUCUCCACAAGCAGCAUGGAGAAAGUUGAUUGUCAGGUUUCCUAAACGCACACCGAAAUCAAAACCAAGUCAACCACCAUCACCACCACCUGAACCAUCAUCACCUCAAUCACCACAUAAAUCACCACCAAAACAACCUACACCACCACCAUCACCUCCACCACAUUUUUCACCACUACAUCAUUCACCACCACAUCUAUCACCACCACACCAAGCACCAAUCCAAGAACAACCUGUUGUUACUUCCCAACAAAUCUUUCAAACUCUACCAUCCACACAACCACCUGUCCAAAUUACACCUGGUUCUUCUGGUUACAAAACUUUUCCAAAUGUUCCGGAGGGUAUUUCUCUUGAAGAAAUUGGAGAUUUCGACUUUGCUAAUAAUGAGCAAGUGAAGAGGUUAGAAAAGAAAGUUGAAGAAGUGUUGAUUGAAAACAAAAGGUUGGUAGAUCGUGAGAAGAAAUUGGAAAAGCGUGUUAAGUCUGUGGAAGCUGAAAAUUCUUCAUUGUUAAAGAAAGUUGAAGCUGAUCAGACAAAAAUUGAUAUUCUUAAAGUCAAAGUUGCUGAGUUAGAAGAAGAGAAAGCACGUAGAGAUGAGCAGAAUAAGUACUUUGAGUUAAAGAACAAAGAGUUGGAAGCUGCUAAAGCAAUGAAAGAACACGAGAUUUACAUGAUGAAUAAAGUGUUAGAAAACUUGCUUGGAAAGUCUGUUGAGUAG